GCUCUCCGAGUCCGUAGAUAAACUUAUGUUUCACAUUACUUCUACCAGUCAACGCAGGCAGUUCGGAGUAGCCAAAAUCAUUUCGGACCCUUCAGUAUUUACAAGAGGAAAGGGAUAAUGGGAUAUUAAGAUACAUGCACAGAUAGUAAGCGUGCGCAAAAUAGAUUGCUAGAUAAGGCACAGUGAAUGGAGCUGGACCGGGGCAGGUAUAAGAUAGUCAGGAGAGGUAAAGAUGGGAGGGAGAGCAUUAUGAAGGACAGAGAGAUCAGUGAAGGCAGGAACAGAAUCGCAAACUUUGAGUGUUUAUUAGGCAAUGUGUGGGUUUGCUUCGGAGCGAUCUGGAUCUAGGGCAUUUAUCUAGAAUGCUUUCCAACAAACUACGCGGCAGCCGAGGGAAGCACGGAUGGGAACGCGUUCACUGUGAUCAUUAGACAGAGAGGAGUAACGUUGGCAUCUCUUGUCAUCUAUCUUAAGAGAUGUGUCUGACCGAGAAAGAGUUUUCAGAGGAGAAAUUAAUCUGGGAACAGUAAAGGUGCUGAUCUUUCUGGACCGCAGGGCUAAAUGUCUGAAAUGAAACAGCUCGUUCUGUAUUCACACAUGCAUCUUGGACUGGACUCUGACACCAGGCAUCAUCUUGCGCAAAAACCCCAACGUCUAUUUCACACCUCUGAAGUGACAUUCAGCCCUGAAAAAGUUCAAGUUACUGUCACCUACAAAAAGUGAACAUUGAAUUUAAAGAUGCAGCAGAAGAUUUGAGAACCACACAAAAAUCAUACAGAAUUUUUAUAUCGAAGAUCUGAAUUUGCCUUUUUCGAAGAAACUGACACGGCAAUGGAUUUCGCAAUCUGAAUCAUUUCCAUGCUGAUAUUGCUAAUAGCUGUGGCACCUCUUGCCUUUCUCUCACACCCAUGGACCCAUCCAGUGUCAUGCUCUCACAGGUGAUCCUGCUCUUACAGUGCAUUAUUCUGACUCUGGGCCAGUACGAUAUCUGUAAGUCGCUGGUUAGCACAGAUGAUGGACCAACAUGGGAGUACUACGCUUGCCAACCCAAACCUAUGUCCAUGAAGGAGUAUAUGCAGAUUCGAGUGGAGCCUCCUGAUAUCACAUGUGGGAACCCGCCCGAGAGAUUCUGCACUUUGGAAAACCCAUACCUGUGUAGUGAUGAAUGCGAUGCCGCCACCAAAGAACUCGCCCAUCCUCCAGAACUGAUGCAGGACCGGGAACGAACUGGACUCAUCACAUACUGGCAGACGGUGACAUGGAGUCGGUUUCCGGAGCCUCUUCUUGCCAACAUCUCCUUAUCAUGGAACAAAAGCCUCGAGUUAACCGAUGACAUCCAGAUAACCUUUGAAUACGGGCGGCCCACAAUAAUGGUGCUGGAUAAGUCCCUGAAUUACGGGCGAACCUGGCAGCCCUUUCAGUACUACGCCGACGACUGCAUGGACGCCUUCGGGAUGUUGCCCAAAAGGGUUCAGGAUUUGACGGCCACCAACGUGACCAGGGUAAUGUGUACCGAGCAAUACUCUCGUUGGGUCGGUUCUAAGAAUGAAAAGAACGUGCGCUUCGAGGUCCGGGAACGCUUUGCCAUAUUCGCGGGGGCCAAAUUACAAAACAUGGACAACUUGUACACGCGCAUGGAGAGUAUGAAAGGUCUUCGGGACUUUUUCACCUUCACAAACCUGCGUCUUCGGCUGCAGAGACCAGCGCUCGGAGGAACGUAUGUGCAAAAAGAUAACCUGCUCAAGUACUUCUACGCCAUCUCUAAUAUCGAAAUACCAGCAAGAUGUAAAUGUAACCUCCACGCCGGCCAGUGCUCCCUCCGUGACAGGACCCUACAGUGCGACUGUGAGCACAACACGACGGGGCAAGACUGUUCAGCCUGCGAGAGGGGUUUUAAAGCCAAGUCCUGGAAGCCCGGAUCCUACCUGCCCACCCCGAACGGAUCCCCGAAUAUUUGUGAGGCGUCGGGGACAUCAGGCAACUGCGAGUGCAACGGUCACUCAAACCGCUGCAGUUAUAUUGAUUUUAUCAACAUUGUGACUUGUGUGAGCUGCAAACACAACACUAGAGGACAAAACUGUCAGCACUGUCGCCUCGGAUACUUCCGGAACGCUUCUGCCGAGCUGGACGAUGAGAAUGUUUGUAUAGAGUGUAACUGUAACCAGCUGGGCUCUCUUCACGCCCGCUGCAAUGACACUGGUUUCUGUCAGUGUCGAGACGGCACGUCAGGGCAGAAGUGUGAAGACUGUCUCCCUGGUUACACCUGGAAGCAAGGCUGCGUGCCAAACGUUUGUGAUGACGAGCUGUUCCUGUGUCAGAACGGCGGUUCCUGCAUCCAGAACCAGAAGUGCGUCUGUCCGCCCAACUUUAAGGGCGUUUUGUGCGAGCAGCCGCGUUGUCGGGGCCAGAAAGGGUGCGACGGUGCAUCGACCUGCUACCUCAGCACCCUGACGCUGCUGCUCUGCCUUCUAGCCAACAGCCUGCUUAAAGCCAGCGCCUAGAAACCCAUCCUAGUCCAGAUAUCAAUCCUAGUCUACGCAGGCCAAAGGGCUGAACCCUGGGAAUUGAGAGAGCGCGCGCGAGAGAGAGACCUGAAUCCCGUAGAGACCAGGUCUCGCGGUGCUGAAAUCUAUAUGGAGAGGAGCUGAGGUCAAAACACCUUCACAGGAUGAGUAGCUAGUCGCUCAUCUCCUCGCAUCACUGAUCGCCUGAACUUUAUACCAAAAAAUAAGGAAUCACGUUCGGUUUCAACUCACUCUACACGAGACUCUGAAGAAAGAGGACUGAUGUAUAGAUGAGCUUAUACGUUUCUUUUGCAUUUCUACUUUCCUGUAUAGUUUUGACGCUCACUGAGAUACAAGCACUGCAGUUAGCCUGCUUGUUUAAAGGAACAAUGUUGAUAUCACGAAAGCCUACUUAUGCCAAGUUAUUCUUCUCUGGAAGGCUCGUUUUUACAUUUCCUUUCAUUGCUGCAUUUCAUUGCAUUUUAUUGUCAUCGAGGUUGUUAAAGUAGAUGAAAAGAUGGAAAAGAUGUUUGAAUCGUCGUCCUGCUAGUACAAUGAAAGAACGUUCCUAUAGCUAGUUUGUGAGAUUAAAUUAUUCUGGAAGGUAGAGAAAGAGAAGUUUUUAAUUGUUACAUUGAACAAAUAUAUAAAUAUAUGUCUAUCUGAAGGGAAUUAUAUUAAUUAUUGUAUAUUAUGAUCAUUAUUUACAUAUUUUUUGUAGAAAUUGUUAUUUUUGUUCCGAGUAAAUGUACCAUUGGAAAGACAUUGCAGCCUUUAUUGCAGCGUCUACGGUAUUCAUGCCAUGGUAAAAUUAUAUUUGAUGAUACAGCAUCUCUAAUAUAUUUGAAAUAUUUCUUCAUUCAUGCCAUAAUGAAACAUUAAAUAAAGCAUUAAAACAGUUCAUUACAUGCACAGCUUUAGCAUUAUAUAACCCGCACGCCAUCUUGAUACUGGCAUGAAUUCAUCUGUGCGAUUUAUUCAUGAACUGAGCUGAACAUUCAGGGCUCUUAUUUACACACUUCUACGAUGAUUUAUCUUGAGUUAUACAUGGGUGUUUCUAAAGCACAAUGUCGCACAAACAGGAAUAAAGACAAAAGUGUGUACACAAAGCACAUUUCUUAGGACGAAAGACAUCGUCAAACCUGGCAGAUCAGAAGAUUAAUUAAGAAAACAUAAUAAAAGUCAACACAUCACAUAUCAUGGAAUCAAGUUAUUUUUCCAACUCUCCUGCGUGAGUCUCAGAGAAUGCCAAAAUCGUAGUGGCUCAUGAGCUUUUUGAUGUAUUUCAGAUUUACACAUGCUUUUCAUUCAUAAAGAGCCAGGGUAAAUACAAUACUAUGAAUAAAUAAAUAUUAUAAAUGAAUAAAACCUGACAAUCAGAAAGCAUAUUA